CCCGCAGCUUUAGACGCGCUCCAACGCCUGUGUUAUGAGACGCUUUGUGUAAGGUAUCAGACUGCGUUUGUUUGCAGAGCGGGCGGGUUACACAACCUUUACACUGGCGGUGAAGUGACAACACCACAACUGCUCUUCGGCUGACUGUAAAAAGAAAAAGCUGCUGUCCGCUAGCGAGCUCACAGCAGCUGACACAUCAUGUUUCCAGCUAGCAGAUAUUCAAGUAAAGCCCACAGGUGUAUCAGGGCAUUGAAGACAGUACAGACGGAGCAUGCAGCCCCUCAGUUGUACACAACACUAAACAGACGGACAUGCUCUUCGGUGUCAACACCCCGCAUCACAACACACUACACCAUCCAUUCUCGAGAAAAAGAUCCGAGAUGGGAAGGGAUCGAAAUGGAGAGAUUUGCCGAUGAGGCAGAUGUGGUGAUAGUAGGUGGGGGCCCUGCCGGUCUUUCAGCAGCCAUUCGACUGAAGCAGCUAGCCAACAAACAUGAGAAGGAACUGCGAGUGUGCCUUGUGGAGAAGGCCUCUCAGAUUGGAGCACACACCUUGUCAGGAGCCUGUCUGGAACCCACUGCCCUCAGAGAGCUCUUUCCGGAUUGGAAGGAACGAGGGGCACCCCUCAACACUCCAGUGACUGAAGAUGUGUUCAGCAUUUUAACAGAGAAACACAGAAUCCCUGUCCCUAUGUUGCCAGGUCUGCCCAUGAAUAACCAUGGUAACUACAUUGUGAGGCUGGGGAAUUUUGUGCGCUGGCUGGGGGAGCAGGCAGAGGAGCUUGGAGUGGAGCUGUAUCCUGGUUAUGCUGCUGCUGAGGUUUUGUUUCAUGAAGAUGGAAGUGUAAAGGGAAUCGCCACUAAUGAUGUAGGCAUUGCCAAGGAUGGCUCACCGAAGGAUGUUUUUGAGAGAGGAAUGGAGCUCCAUGCUAAAGUCACAUUGUUUGGAGAGGGCUGUCAUGGGCACUUGGCAAAGCAGCUUUACAAGCAAUUUAACCUGCGUGAGAACUGUGAACCCCAGACCUACGCCAUAGGCCUGAAGGAGCUGUGGACAAUUGAUGAGAAGAAGUGGAGACCAGGCAGAGUGGAGCAUUCUGUGGGCUGGCCCCUGAACAGGCACACAUAUGGAGGAUCCUUCCUGUAUCACCUGAAUGAAGGAGAGCCACUAGUGGCCUUGGGCUUUGUGGUUGGUCUAGACUACACCAAUCCUUACCUGAGCCCCUUCAGGGAGUUCCAGCGCUGGAAACAUCAUCCCUUUGUAGCUCCCACACUGGAAGGAGGCAACAGGAUUGCAUAUGGAGCCAGGGCACUGAAUGAGGGAGGAUUACAGUCUAUACCAAAGCUGACUUUCCCUGGAGGGCUGCUGAUUGGCUGCAGCCCCGGUUUCAUGAACGUCCCAAAGAUCAAAGGCACCCACACAGCGAUGAAGAGUGGCAUGCUGGCUGCUGAGGCCAUUUUCCCAAAAGUCACAGCAGAGAGCUUGGAUUCAGAGACGGCAGGACUCCAUACACCUGAGUACGCUGAGAACUUGAAGAAUUCGUGGGUGUGGAAAGAGAUGUAUGCAGUAAGAAAUAUCAGGCCGUCUUUCCACAAUUACUUUGGCCUGUAUGGUGGCAUGAUCUACACUGGGAUUUUCUACUGGAUCUUUAGAGGAAAAGAACCAUGGACCCUCAAACACUGUGGCCUUGAUGCGAACCAGCUGAAACCGGCUAAAGAUUGUACACCGAUUGAAUAUCCCAAGCCUGACGGCAAGAUAAGCUUUGACCUGCUCUCCUCUGUGGCCCUGAGUGGCACCAACCACGAGGGGGACCAGCCCCCCCACCUGACCCUAAAGGAUGACGGUGUCCCCGUCAACAGGAACCUGGCCAUAUACGAUGGGCCCGAGCAACGCUUCUGCCCUGCAGGUGUGUACGAGUAUGUUCCCCUGGAAACUGGAGAUGGGAUGAGACUGCAGAUAAACGCUCAAAACUGUGUCCACUGUAAGACCUGUGAUAUCAAGGACCCGAGCCAAAACAUCAACUGGGUUGUGCCUGAAGGCGGCGGUGGACCAGCCUACAAUGGAAUGUGAACAGCUUUUUUUUUUGUUUGUUUUUUUACUGUUUUGAACGAUAACUAUUAAGAACGAUACAUCCAGGGUUACAGUACUGCCAGCCAGUGGCAAUGUGCUCCAGUAUGGAUCUGAAAAUAACUACACAUCUGUUUUUGAAGGUAUUAUAUAAUAAUAAUCCACAAAACAGCAAGGAUAUUAGAACAUUUUGUCCUAGAAAUUCUUAAUUCAUAGUGUAUUCAGUUCAUAAUGUGUGUGGGGUUAUGAAACCCAUGCAAAAUGCAGGACCAUAUUAAGCAGUCUGCAGUGAGCAGUUUUGUAGUGUAUCACUGCCAUAAAAUCACCGAUAUGGCCAUUUAAAAAUGGUGACUCUUUUGCUUUGGAAAUUACUUUACCAACUGUAAUAGUUAAUAUAUUUCUUUCAAAAUCUUUUGCAGCUGAACAAGCAAACAAGUUGUUCUCAAAUUAAGAUUUAUUUCAGCAUUAUUGCAGGUAUAUUUUGACAGCAUUUGAUCUGCACAGUAUUGUACAUAACAUUACAUGAUAUCACAGUAAUCAAUAAAGAACACUUGACUGUUA